CUCUGCAAUAUCAGAGCGGUAGCUCAUGGUAUCAAACUUGUGGAGGAUCUAUCAUUGCUGAAAACUGGGUGAUGACUGCCGCUCACUGCAUCAGUCCUUUAGUUCAGAACUACAGGGUGCAAGUUGGUAAGCAUGACCUCUACAUUUAUGAGGACUUCUCAACAACCAUCAGUGCUCAGAAGAUCAUUGUACAUGAGGAAUGGAACUUCUUGUGUAAAUCUCAAGGAAACGACAUUGCCCUGAUCAAGUUGUCCAAGCCAGUGACACUAAGUGAUAUUGUUCAGUUGGGCUGCCUUCCUCCUGCUGAAAUCUUUCUCCCACACGGAUUACCCUGCUUUGUUACAGGCUGGGGAAGACUCUCCACUGAAGGCCCUUAUCCCGAAAGACUGCAGCAAGCAAAAUUGCUCAUUGUGGGUAAUGAAACAUGCGGUAGCAAUUACUUUUGGGGUGGCAACAUCAAUUUUUCUAUGAUCUGUGCUGGUGGAGACGGCAUUGUUGCUGGCUGCAGUGGUGACUUUGGCGGUCCUCUGAACUGUCAGAAAUAUGACGGCACCUGGGAGGUGCAUGGUAUUGCCACCUUUGUUUCUGAUUUGGGCUGUAACAUUGUGAAUAAGCCUACUGUCUUCACCCGUGUGUCCUUUUUCACUGACUGGAUCGACAAGGUCAUGAUGAACAAUUAAGAUGGACCAAGGAUGCUAACCUUAUAAUUUAAUACUAAAAAAACAAUCCACCAAUAAAUAAAUAAAUGCAUAAAUACAAAUAA